AUGGGAAUUGCCGGAGCCGUUGCCCCCGGAAUAAGCAUACUGUCACUUGGCUUGGACUCGACGGGCGAUGAGAAUUCAACGCCUACUUUUCAGCACAACACGCAGCCGUUGCGCAGCGAAAGUGUCAACAUGAGUGCAAACCCGACUGCCGUUGACGGUUUUAGGCUGCUAUUUUUUGGGGCGGUUCCCCCCGGUAGCGUGUGUACGGUUUUUACCCUCACGCACGGUAUCAUGACGAAAGACGAAAGACGAAAAACGAAAGACGAAGGACGAAAGACAAAAGACGAAAGACAAAGGACAAAAGACAGAAGACAAAAGACAAAAGACAAAAGACAAAAGACAAAAGACAAAAGACAAAAGACAAAAGACAAAAGACAAAAGACAAAAGACAAAAGACAAAAGACAAAAGACAAAAGACAAAAGACAAAAGACAAAAGACAAAAGACAAAAGACAAAAGACGAAAGACAAAAGACAAAAGACAAAAGACAAAAGACAAAAGACAAAAGACAAAAGACAAAAGACAAAAGACAAAAGACAAAAGACAAAAGACAAAAGACAAAAGACAAAAGACAAAAGACAAAAGACAAAAAACAAAAGACAAAAGACAAAAGACAAAAGACAAAAGACAAAAGACAAAAGACAAAAGACAAAAGACAAAAGACAAAAGACAAAAGACAAAAGACAAAAGACAAAAGACAAAAGACAAAAGACAAAAGACAAAAGACAAAAGACAAAAAGACAAAAGACAAAAGACAAAAGACAAAAGACAAAAGACAAAAGACAAAAGACAAAAGACAAAAGACAAAAGACAAAAGACAAAAGACAAAAGACAAAAGACAAAAGACAAAAGACAAAAGACAAAAGACAAAAGACAAAUGACAAAAAACAAAAGACAAAAGACAAAAGACAAAAGACAAAAGACAAAAGACAAAAGACAAAAGACAAAAGACAAAAGACAAAAGACAAAAGACAAAAGACAAAAGACAAAAGACAAAAGACAAAAGACAAAAGACAAAAGACAAAAGACAAAAGACAAAAGACAAAAGACAAAAGACAAAAGACAAAAGACAAAAGACAAAAGACAAAAGACAAAAGACAAAAGACAAAAGACAAAAGACAAAAGACAAAAGACAAAAGACAAAAGACAAAAGACAAAAGAUAAAAGACAAAAGACAAAAGACAAAAGACAAAAGACAAAAGACAAAAGACAAAAGACAAAAGACAAAAAACAAAAGACAAAAGACAAAAGACAAAAGACAAAAGACAAAAGACAAAAGACAAAAGACAAAAGACAAAAGACAAAAGACAAAAGACAAAAGACAAAAGACAAAAGACAAAAGACAAAAGAUAAAAGACAAUAGACAAAAGACAAAAGACAAAAGACAAAAGACAAGAGACAAGAGACAAAAGACAAAAGACAAAAGACAAAAGACAAAAGACAAAAGACAAAAGACAAAAGACAAAAGACAAAAGACAAAAGACAAAAGACAAAAGA